UGGUCCAACUGGCUGGGUGAUGGGCUUGUGCGACGCUGCGGGAUGAGGAGGGUACGACCUGUGAGUACUGAGAGGUGGACGGACAGCCAGUCCCUUUGCACUUCAGUGAGUGGGGUGGAGGCUGAGAUUAAGUACCGGCACAGUUUGGAUGGUUGGCUGUGUGUGUGAGGGGUAGGAUAAAAUAUUUCCGAAGGGUUCACUAUGGUCCGAGAAAGGAAAUGUAUAUUGUGUCACAUCAUAUACAGCUCAAAAAAGGAGAUGGAUGAGCACAUGAGAAGUAUGCUUCACCACAGGGAACUUGAAAAUCUGAAAGGGAGGGAUAGCAAUCAUGAGUGCCAGGUGUGCAGGGUGACGGUGGUGGGCUUGUCGGCCUAUGCUAAGCACAUCUCCAGCCAGCUGCACAAAGACAGCAUCGAAGCCCACGAUGGAGAGGAAGGGAAAGAAGAGACUGACGAAGAAUACUUCGACAAGGAACUCAUCCAGUUAAUCAAACAAAGAAAUGAGCAAAACCGGGGAGGUGAAGUGUGCCGUGUGAACCAUGAAUCAGAAAAUGAUGACAGGAGAAUACAAAAACGACAAGAUGAUAGAACUUAUCAAGACCCUUACGAUUCAUCAAGGUACCAUUGUGGACCAUCACAGAGGGAUUGGAACUGGGAAAGUGAUGGUUUCUUAAAUCCCAGACAAGGAAAAUUCACACAUUCUGCAAGGAACGCUAACAAUACAAACAGGCAUCUGAGCAACCAAAGGGGACGAGCUGGGUGGCAUCAAAAUACUUCUGGGGUGUCUCCAAAUCGCUAUCAUAACUAUGGGAAUACUGGAGGUGCUUGGCACCAGAAUGGUGGAGGAGGAACAUCAGGUUGGCAUCGUGGUAGGGGAAGAAGUACAAACUGGAAUUCUGAAGGAAAGAAUGGCUUUUCAAAAUGGCAGAUAAAAAAUUCAGGUGGAAACUGGAAGCCUGGUCAACAAAGUGGAAGGGGAUGGAAUUUAGGAAGAAACAGGACUCCAAACAAUAGUUCCCAGAUAGACAAUGUGGAUGCUUCCUGGUUAAAAAGCAAAAGUGUGCAGGAUAAAUACAAUAGAGAAAGGUAUGCAUGGCAGUGGCAGGACAGUGGUUCUGUGGCAUCUUAUAUGGGCCUUGGUAAUGAAAAUGUUGAUAGGAGUUAUUUUUUGGAUUUCACUAGUGAUCAACUUCCUUCAGAUGGGUUAUUAAACUUUGGUGUUUCUGAACAACCAGAGAGCAGGACCUCCAAAGUCAAUGGAAAGUGCACCAGCCCUUCCCGAGAAAAGACAAAUCGCUGGGCUCCAUAUCCCUCUCAAAAAACUAUAGAACAGCAGCCACUGUCUAAUGAGAAUGUAGCUAUAACUCAAGAAAAGGCAGAUUCUGAUAAUCUGUCAUCUUCUCCACUGUCUACAAAAUGGGCAGAUCUUAAAACCAAUAACCCAAAAUUGAAAAAAUGGGAAGAAACUUAUUUAGGAUCUUCCAAUUACAAAAUGGCACUCAACAAACCUGCAUCAUGCAAGGGGCCAACAGACGUUGCCAAUGAGAAAAAAUCAGACCAAGCUGAAGGCAAAAGUAACAAGAUGCCUUCGUUGAAGUCCCCACUUCUGGCUGUUCCAGAUAUCAAGCCAUCUUCUCAAAAAAGAAACCCAAAGAAUCUCUUGAAACAUGUCCAACUUUUGUUAUCAUCUUCUGGAGAAAGUCAGAGCCAACUAAAUGCACUAAAUUUAGAUUCGAACAAUUCCUCCUUGUUUGGAUCCAAGCUGAGUAAUGAAUUUAAUAGCUGUAACAAUUUAAAAGGUGUCAAACAUGUGAUUAGCAGCAAUGAAAGUCUAAGUGAAGUAUUAGAAAAAGCCAAAAAAGAACUUCAGGGUAGCCAGUCUUUCCAAAACUCUCAUUUAAGCCCUUGUAGGGGUACUCAGAUUGAUGGGAAUGAAGAAUGUAGUUCUGCAGGUCCUGUAUGUUCUCUGAAGAUGCAUGAGCCCCAAAUAGAUGGACUGGAGGAUGAGAAAUCUGGAAAUGUUAUAAGAAACAAAAGUACUCACUCAAAUACUUGUUCAUCUUGUGAUCUUGCUGAACCUGACCAUACCACAACUAAAAAAGGUAACCAUCUAUUAGAGACAAGGAAUAUAGAUAACAAAUAUACCAAAUGUCAAGUGGGCUCUCCAGGCUCCUUAUCCAGCUGUCAAGAUGAUUUCAAUAUUGACUUGAAAGCAUCUCUGGAAGAGGAUGGUGAUGAAGGUACUACAAAAUUAAAUGAUGCUCCUGAAGAGGAAGACUAUGGAGUUCAUUCUAAUCAUGAGCUGCAGAAAGAUACAGGAGGGCAGCCCUCUAGCCCUCUCCUUCCUGAACUGAGUAAACUUGGCUUUCCAGCUUCUCUCCAAAGAGACCUAACAUGGCGCACCAACUUAAAGAGCAAAACUGGUUCACAUCUACCUGAGCCCAACCUUAACAGUGCAAGGCGCAUUCGAAAUGUUAGUGGCCACCGAAAGAAUGAAACUGAGAAGGAAUCGGGGCUCAAGCCUACCUUGCGGCAGAUUAUUAGUGUGUCUCGUAGAAAUGUAAACUGGGAGCAGGUCAUUCAGCAGGUGACAAAGAAGAAACAAGAACUUGGCAAAGGUUUACCAAGGUUUGGCAUUGAGAUGGUUCCUCUCAUCCAGAAUGAACAGGAGGGUCUUGAGUUUGGUGAAGAAGCUGACCUGACCAGUCUUGAAGGAUUCCACUGGGAAGGGAUAUCCACAAGUUCCUCUGGGACUGUUAGGAAACGUAGUCUCUCUGAAAGCAGUGCGACUAUUGAUAAGACCACCUCCGUUUACAGUUUUUUCAGCAACCAAAGCUCAAGCAAAGAAAAUGACGAAAGGCAAGCCAGUUCAUUUGCCAACACUGAGCGUGCAACAUCUGGAUCUCAGAUGCUUGCAGAUGCUGUAGCUAGUGUGAAACAAGAAUCUUCUUCUCUUCCUUCCUCACCGUUCAUGUCUGACAGGACUGAUUCCAGUGGAAGGAGGCUCAGCCUACAGACUUCCCCUAAUGUUAAUAGACUCACAGCAUUUAGUGCAAGAGAAGGCCCAAGGAGCCCUGAACACAGAGAUCAGUCACUUGAAAGCCAAGACAUGGAGAGUCCAGGGGAAAAAUACUGUAUGGCUUCAGCCCUUGCAACAUUCAGCACUCUAGAUACAGCUACAGACAGCAGCUAUACAUCAGGCAAUGAGCAGAACGACAGCCAGGGAGCUGGCAAAAAAAGAAGAGCAACCAGAGAGGGAUCCUCUCCCGAAAUCCCAAGUCUAGAAAGCAGGAAUAAAAGAAGAAAGAUUAAAGGCAAAAAAGAGCGUUCUCAGGUAGACCAGUUGCUGUCUAUUUCCCUGAAGGAAGAAGAAUUGAGCAAGUCCUUGCAGUGUGUAGACGGAAGCCUUGUGACUGCUCGAGCUGCUCUGCAGGCAGCUUAUAUUGAAGUCCAGCGACUGCUUGUACUGAAGCAGCAGAUAUCUGUGGAAAUGGGUGCUUUGAGGAGCCAGAGAAUUCAAAUCCUGCAAGGGUUGCAAGAAACCUAUGAACCUUCUGAACAGCUUCAGCAACUUCAUCCCAGUGGCUCAAAUGAGAAAAGAAAUAACAAACUUCAGCCAACACAGGAUGUAACUGCUAAUCCAGGUCUUCUUGUUCCUCUUUUGGAAGCUGCCUCACCUCUCUCUGCCCAGAUACCUCCAGUUCUUUUGGCAGCGCCCAUCCAAGUAAACACUGUACCUACAUUCCAAACUGCUGGUGGUCCGGAAGCCAUCACUGUUCCUGAUUCAUCUGUUCAAAUCAAGCAAGAGCCUGCAUCUCCAAAGCUUGGAGAAGAGAUCAUGAAUAUUCCUGAACAGAGUUCUCCAUGUUCUUCACAAAUAGAACUUCAGUUUCAGAAUGGGAAUACGAGCCAACAAUCUUUGCUGUAUCCAGUUAUCUCUGCUACCAUGUCCUUGUCUUCACUUAUUGAUUUCCAAGAGCAUAAUCAAGAUACUCAGAAACCUGUUCCAGAUAAGGGAAGGACCAGAUUAUCUGGUCACUGUUCCCCCAACUAUUCACCAUUGCUCUUGUCAGUGAAGACUGGAAACAAAACCCCAGCAGAAAAUCCCAUCACAGAACAGUGCAGUAGCUCCUUUCAAAGCCAAACCUUUUCCUCUGAACUACCUGUGGAGGAAGAUCCCAAACAGACAACUGAAGAGCCUGAGCAAACAGCGUGUCCUACGCUGGUCUCCACGGAGGGCAAGAUAAGCAAGAAAAAGAAAAAGCUGAAGAAGAAGAAAGCACUGCGAGCAGCCCAUGUCCCUGAAAACAGUGAUACAGAACAGGAUGUAAGUGACUCAAAACCUUUUAGGAAAGUCAAGACUGUAAAGAUGCUGAAAGGGGGGAAAGUGACAACAUCCACCCCUCCAAAGCAAGAGGCUGCUCAGGAAGGAGAACGGAAGAAAGAUGAGAAUGAGAGUGACACGUCUCUGGAGUUUGUGGAAGUCCCCAAGUCUUCUCUUGAAGUGGUGGCCAUCAGUUCGUCAGAGUCAGGAGGCGAGAAACCAGACAGCCCUUCUAAGAGGGAUGCCUUGAGCUCCUCAGAACAGCUUUUGAGAGAGGCAUCUCGGUCUGGCUAUGAUGAAGUGAGCUCAACAAGUGAGAUUGGAACCAACUAUAAGAAUGGUAUUGGUAGAAGUGUGGCUGAGACUCAAACGUCCAUAUCAUCAAUAAGAGGCUCAAAAAACUCAUCAGAAGUCUCUUCAGAGCCGGGUGAAGAUGAUGAACCCACAGAAGGCGUUUUUGAGGGUCAUUCAGCUUCUGUGAAUGCAAUUCAGAUUUUUGGGAAUUUGCUGUACACUUGCUCAGCAGACAAAACUAUCCAUGCAUAUAACUUAGUGAACAGGCAAUGUGUUGGUGUCUUUGAAGGGCACACCUCAAAAGUGAACUGCCUCCUGGUGACUCAGACAACAGGGAAAUAUGCAGUACUCUAUUCAGGCUCUAGUGACCACAAUAUAAAUUGUUACAACAUCAAGACUAGGGAACUUGUGGAUCAUUUCAAAUUGGGUGACCGUGUGCUCUGUCUGCAUAGUAGAUGGAAGAUUCUUUAUGCAGGACUUGCUAAUGGCAGUGUGGCCACUUUCAAUAUAAAGAAUAACAAGCCACUUGAUAAUUUUGAGUGCCACAGUCCAAGGGCAAUCAGUUGUCUUGCCACAGCUCAGGAAGGGACGCGGAGGUUGCUGAUUGUGGGAUCCUAUGAUUGUACAAUCAGUGUACGAGAUGCCCGGAAUGGAUUGCUGCUUCGAACCCUUGAAGGUCAUAGCAAAACAGUACUCUGUAUGAAGGUUGUGAACGAUCUGGUGUUCAGUGGUUCCAGUGACCAGUCUGUCCAUGCCCACAAUAUACAUACAGGGGAGCUGGUCCGGAUUUAUAAAGGACAUAACCAUGCAGUGACAGUUGUGAAUAUCCUGGGGAAAGUGAUGGUAACAGCUUGCUUGGACAAAUGUGUUCGUGUUUAUGAGCUGCAGUCUCACGAUCGUUUGCAAGUCUACGGAGGACACUCGGAUAUGAUUAUGUGCAUGACCAUUCAUAAGAGCAUGAUCUACACUGGCUGUUACGAUGGUAGUAUCCAAGCUGUGCGGCUGAAUUUGAUGCAAAACUAUCGCUGUUGGUGGCAUGGAUGUUCACUGAUAUUUGGAGUUGUGGACCACCUGAAACAGCAUUUGUUAAAUGACCACACAAAUCCAAACUUUCAAACACUCAAGUGUCGCUGGAAGAAUUGUGAUGCUUUCUUCACCUCCCGGAAAUGUUCCAAGCAGGAUGCUGUGGAACAUAUUGAAAAACAUGCAGGAGAUGAUAGCAAGAUUGACUCGUGAAGUUUUUGUCGCCUCCCACAUUGGGAAGUACCUUUUUAUAUACUGGAAGUAUUCCAUGCCUUGUCCAGCUCUUGCCCAUUCUCUCCUUUUUCUUCCAGUUUAUAUUCGGACUGCAAAAAGGACAUGGGCCUUUUUUCUUCUUGUUUUGCUACAGACAGCAUUUUGUUUGCAGCUCUGUAGAGAAGGGAACGUUCAGACAAGACAAAAAAUGUUAAAUAACAAUUGUUAGAGGAAACAAAAAAAAUUCUAUUACCUGUUCAGUCAAUUGUGCACAUCUAAGCCUUUAUUGGUACUCAUGUUGGUGCCUACAUACACUGUUUAUCCAUCUAUUUUUAAUUUGUAUGCAGGAUUGCCCAGGUAUUUUACACUUCUUGCCAGAUUAGAACACCUAGGCAUUCUGUAUUUCCUUUCAUUAAAUAAUUGUAUUUCAUA